AUGUCUUUUGCUGAAGAAUCUCCACCUAUAGAUAUAUCACAUAAUGAAACACCACCUAUAUCAAAAAAUAAAGGAGGCAAGCCGGAAAAUGAUGAUAAUACUGAUAAAAACAACAUUUAUUUAGAUAAUAUUUUAGAUCUUAAUGCACCAGAAUUUUUAGAAGGUCUUGAUGAAUUUAUUGAAGAUUCAGAUAUUAAUUUGGAAGAGGAAGCCAAUAAUGAUAAAAUAAAUCAAGAGGAAAUUGAUGAGGAUUGGGAUCCUAAAUUAGCAGUUGAAGCUUAUUUGUAA